CUGGCAGCGUGACGUCGACCGAGAAAACGAAACUUAACGCAGUUAAGGCUGACUCGGAAUUGAAACUGCUCCCAGACGUAGCGAAUUUAUGGGAGCAGAAUUUAGAUUAUAUAGUAGUCUGAGAUUAGUAGGUUACAUUGUUAUUUGCUAAUAGUUAAUACUAUUGAAUUAUUUAUAAUGGACGCAGCUAAAUUAUACGAGUAUGCAAAGAAACACGGAUUGGAGCUGAAAUUGGAGGAAGUCGGAUCUGUUGGUCCUGAUCACAUUAAAACAUUCACAGUAAGAGCAGUCCUGAAUGGUAAGGCGUAUCCUGAAGGAGUGGGGAACAACAAGAAGGAAGCCAAACAGAACGCAGCUAAAAAUGCCUUGAAAUGCAUGAUGGAGGAUCCAAUUCAUCCUCCUGGAGAGGAGAAAUACAGAUGUGCAUCAAGUCAACCAGUGGAGGAAAAGUCAGACAUCUGUGAAAAGAUAACCAAAGACGAAGAUCUUACAGAGGGAAACUUCAUAGGACUUGUCGACCGCUACUGUCUCAAAGAAAAGCUCAUCCAUGACUUCAUCUUAGAAAACAAGUGCGGUCCCUCUCAUAACCUUCAAUUUUUCUACAAACUAGUGAUCAACCAUAAGGAGUACCCUGUGGGUGAGGGUAAGAGCGUCAAGGAAGCCAAACAGAAAGCAGCUCAGCUGGCCUGGUCUGCUCUUCAAGCACAGACAGACUGGGACAGCAAGCAGGCUGCCAAAGACAAGAAUUUGGGAAAUAAUCAGAAUGAGACAUCCAUCCAGUCAAGUGUUAAUAUUGACAGGUUUACUUCAGAAUUUGAGCCCAUGGAGUGUCUUGGCAGAGGAGGCUUUGGUGUUGUUUACAAAGCAAGACAUAAGCUGCUGGAGAAGGACUUUGCUGUAAAGAUUGUCUUCUGUGAAGAGAAAGCUCUUCGAGAGGUGAAGACAUUAUCAGACCUCCUCCACCAUAAUAUCGUCAGAUAUUACACAGUUUGGCCGGAGGAUUCAGGAUACCAAUGGGACAGUUCAGCUGGCAGCUCAGCUGGCAGUUACAGCUCCUCCCAAUCUUCCAUUGAUAAUUCAUUGGCAAAGUACCUGUAUAUUCAGAUGGAGUUAUGUAACACCAGAACCCUUAAAGACUGGAUUGAUGAGAAGAACACUCAGUCUCCCCAAGACUCCAAGAGAAGAGAAGAAAGUCUCAGCAUUGCUCAGCAAAUAGUUAGUGGAGUGGAAUAUAUCCACUCCAAGAAGCACAUCCACAGGGACCUUAAGCCUGAAAACAUCCUGUUUGGGCUGGAGGGAGAAGUGAAGAUUGGGGACUUUGGUCUGGUCACCAGAGAUGAUGAUGCUUUGAUGGACAGGACAGAGAACAAAGGAACCCCAUCUUACAUGGCUCCUGAACAAAGGAGGAAGUACUAUGACCGAAAAGUGGAUAUAUUUGCUCUGGGGUUGAUAUAUUUGGAACUCCUUUGGAAAGUCUCUACUGGACAUGAAAGACGAGUGGUUUUGGAAGAUGCUAGAUGUCAGAAGCUUCCCGAAGACUUUUCAAAGACAUUUCCCCAAGAGAACCAUAUCAUCAAGUUAAUGCUGCGUGAGAAUCCAGAAGACCGACCUGAUGCAAGUAAACUGAAGGCUGAGCUGGAGAAGUUGGCUCAGACAUUCAGCUCAAAAAAUGUGCGUCAGGAAAAUGCAACUAUCUGAUUAAGUCUUAAGAGCAUAAGGAAAUAUGUAUAUUCUGAUGUCUGUUUUAAUCUAAUGAUUUGAUAUGCUGUGUUAUUAAUAUCAUGUUAAAUAUAUUUGUAGAAAAACGGUUAAUGCACUGCACUUACAGUAUAUAGCGCUUUACGCAGGACUUUAACUCACACUCCUAUGGCAAUGGGUGGCAGUUUGGGGUUCUGUGUGUAGCUCAAAGACACUUCAACAUGCAGACAGGAGGACAAAUCCUUAACCAUGCAAAUGAUAAACAACCU